UUCUUCUUGCCUACCACAGUUCCCUCCGCAAUUGUCUUCCAUCCUUUAGAGAUACAGGGAGAGAGAUCAGUGGAGAGAGAGAGAGCAAUGGCGAAGAAUGAUAUACCUUCUUUCCUUUUAAUGGCAAGUUUGGUGCUAUCAGUGUGGGCAGCAGCAGCGAAUGGCCACAACAUAACGGCGAUACUGGAUAGCUUCCCGGAUUACAGUGUCUACAACGGCUACAUGUCGCAGACGAAGGUAGCCGAUGAGGUAAACUCACGGGACACGGUGACAUGCCUCGUACUCCCCAACGCUGCCAUGACCGCCUUGGCCGCGAAGCACAGCCUUGCCGCCAUCAAGAAUGCGCUUCGCCUCCUUGUCCUCUUGGACUACUUUGACCCGCAGAAGCUCCACGACAUCCCCCAAGGAACUACUCUCACCACCACUCUCUACCAGACCACCGGUGCUCCUGGCAAACUGGGAUUCGUCAACAUAACCAAUGUCCGCGGCGGUCGCGUCGCCUUUGGUCCGUCUUCCCCCGGCUCCAAGCUCGCGUCGGAUUACACCAAAUCUGUCCGCCAGAUACCGUACAACAUUUCCGUCCUCGAGAUCUCCGCCCCGAUUAUCUUCCCCGGCCUGCUCGACGCCCCUACCGCUGCCGAUUCAAACCUCACCGCACUUCUGGAGAAGGCCGGAUGUAAGACAUUUGCUUCACUACUUGUCUCCACCGGCUUGCUGAAGAAUUUUCAGUCUGCGAUGGAUAAGGGACUAACCCUGUUCGCUCCCGACGAUGAGGCAUUCAAUGCAGACGGAGUCCCAGAUCUGAACUCUCUCAGCAGCGCCGACCUUGUUACGCUGCUUCAGUACCACGCCCUCUCGUCAUACACGCCGAAGGACUCCCUUAAGUUGGCAGAUCACCCGAUCUCGACCAUGGCGACUGGUUCCUCGGGUAAGUUCGAUCUCACUGUAUCUUCUCAAGGCGACGAUGUCACGCUUCACACGGGAGUGGACUCCUCCCGAGUGGCAAACACGGUCUUGGACGAUACUCCCGUCGCAAUUCUAACCGUUGACAGCGUCCUUCUUCCCUCUGAGCUCUUUGGCCAUGCUCCGGCCCCUGCUCCUGCUCCAUCUUCCUUGCCUCCGUCGCCAUUGCCAUCUACACCUGCACCAGCUCCGGCGUCAAAGUCCGCUAAGGCUCCAUCUCCACUGCCGCUAUCUCCGCCUGCUCCGCCAAGUUCAUCUCCAGCAGCAUCCCCACAGGCAGCUUCGGAUAAAGCCGAUGCAAAGAACUCAUCAGUAGCUGCGGAGGUCGUCAGGUCGCUUGCUACGCUGAUUGCAGUGGCCGUUGCUGCGUUGUGGCUGUUGCUGAUGUGAAGGAACACAAGUUGAAACUUUUCCGGUAAAAACGUCAGAUGAACUUCUUCAUUGAUCAUCUCUUCAUCUCUGAUUUGCAUUCCUGAUUUUUUAUUUCCUGUGUAAUUUUUUUUUUACUGGAGAGGGCGAUGCUUGUUUUGCUUAUGGAUUUGUGAUUUUUGUCUUUCACUUUCGU